CAAGUGCUGUCUUUGUGUCUCCUAGGAUUCUGAGUUUAGUAAUGCUGACCAGAUGGAUUUAUAUGACGACGUGUUAGCUGCCAGCUCACAACCAUCAGAAAGUUGCACUGCCACCACUGAGCCACCACCUGAAAACCGCCAAGAACAGUCUCCCAAGCCAAACAGCAAAUCACCUGCUAUCCUGUAUACCUACAGCGGACUGCGCAAUAAAAGAGCUGCUGUUUAUAUUGGCAGCUUCUCCUGGUGGACGACUGACCAGCAGCUGACACGAAUCAUCCGCUCUGUGGGUGUUUACGAUGUGGUAGAGCUCAAGUUUGCUGAAAACAGAGCCAAUGGCCAGUCCAAAGGGUACGCAGAAGUUGUGGUUGCUUCUGAAAACUCUGUUCAUAAACUGUUGGAGCUGCUGCCAGGCAGAAUUCUUGAUGGAAAUAAGAUGGAAGUAAAGUUGGCUACCCAGAAGAACCUUGCAAAAUUUGAAGCACGAGCUCGAAAACGGUUGCCAUAAAUUGGAAGGGACUUGCUGGCACACAACAACGAAUUAAGCCAGAUGGGGACCUAGUAAGCACUGAGAGACCAACAGAAAAUAACGAGAUCUCCAAACAGUUAUUGGGAAAGUAUCCAGCCUUAGGUUCUGAGGACUCAUUGGCAUCAGAUUUGACUACUGAGAGAAAUGGACUAAUGGUUUGCCUUAUUAUAAUAGUUUCCCAUGUACCUGUUGUGAGCCGGAGCCUAGCCAGAGAUGAAAAUAUGCUUAUUUAAGAUCUAUGAUUGUUGCCCAGGUUAUAGGGUUUAGCUUUAUUUAGCAUAGCAUUUGUGAAAUCUAAACUCUGGUCAGAAUACUCAGAGCCUGUGCUAUAACAGAAGUAGACCCACUGCAAUCAGUUUCUUUUUAUCAAAGCUUGUAUAAAUUCUUCAUCUUUACUAAGGAACAAAUAGCAUUCAUACUCUUAUGACACUAUGUGGUCAUUUCCAGGUAGCGUCACUGAAAGACUGAAUGGCUACAUAGAAAUGUGUAGUUUAAGUAUAACUUUAACAUCUCUAUGAUCGUUUAAAAAGGGAAAAAACACUACUGAGGGACUCAAACUUUAAAAUGUUCAUAUAGUCAAUAUUUGACAACAGCUUGAAACUAAUAUUACCUACUACUAUUAUUAAAAACUUGUUCAAGGUGGUAAGGUAUUCCUUGACUAUCUGUUUAUCAAUCUCCAGUUGCAAUCCUGUUCUACUUGAACUUUACAUUUGUCUGUAGAUUCAUAGUCUGUCCUAUGGGGAGAGAGUGAGUUUAAAAUAGAAUUGAUCACCUCUGCCUUUUCUUUGUCACCUGUUACCUUUUUCCCACCUCCAUUGAGGAGCUGUGCCACUAU